AUGGACGGUAAGCAGCGGAACGACAGACCAGGGACGGCUCCGGUGACCCAUCGCCUCUCUGUCCUGCUUGUUGGCUCCAUGCAGCCUGUUAUCAUCCUGGGUGGGACUACUGGGGCCAUGACCUGCUGUCUGCCAAGGAAAUCGGCUCGGCCGAGGAGUGCCAGACACGCUGUCAGGCGCACCGUGGGUCUCCGCCAUGUGCUGUCUUCACCUACCGCACCCAAGAGAGACAGUGCUGGCUCAAGAGCGAGAUGGCCCUGGCAGAGCCACCUAGGGAGGACACAAACGCCAUAUCGGGACCGAGGUUCUGUGUCACAGGUGGGAAGGGCAGGCAGACAGACAGAUGACUGUGCUCACCUCCCUCACCUCACCUGUCUGUGUGUCUUUCCUUGCGUUCCUUUUGUCAGGUUGCUUGUCGGAGGGUUCGAAGCUCACCAGUUCCCCCGUCGGCAGCACAGACACCUCCACGGUGGAGGAGUGCCGGUCCCUCUGCGCCCGCUACCCAAGAUGUCGCGCCUACACCUUCAUCCCCUCCUCCCAGCGAUGCGAGCUGCACGCAAGCCUCCUCUGCGUGGGUGGCAUCGGAGGCCGCAGUCCCCCCUCCGGCAGCUCUGAAGACGAGAAGCCCAGGCCCCACCCGGAGUCCACCCCCAAGCCCGCCGACCGACCGCGAUUCGGUGGCGAGUUUUCCAACUUCCACCGCACCAAUCGCAAGUCCUUCCAGGACUCCCACACGGGCAGGUCACAGCAAGGUGGGGACAGGACAGAGGGGUGGAUGGGAUGGGGAGGACGGGUGGUGAGGCCACCCAUGUGGUUUGUCGGUGGUGCGAUUGAUAAUGCGUGCCAUGCAGGGACACUGCGUGCGCUGGCUGACCGUCACAAUCUGUACAUCGGUGCUGCGAUGAACAUAGCCCAGAUGAACGACGCCAGGUACCUUCGGACGGUGAGGGACCAGUACAGCAUGGUCGUGGCCGAGUGGGAGUGCAAGAUGGCCGCCAUCGCACCCUCACCCAACAACCGAAACUGGUCACUUUGCGACAGGUGCGACGUGACUGAAAGGAGGAAAGACCAAGAAGCCACCCACCCCGCCCCACCUCGCUCUCUCUCCCUCUGUGUCACUUCACUUGUCGUCCAUCCUAGGAUCGCGGACUUUGCGCGUCAGCAGGGGCUUCACUUUCGCUUCCACACCUUUGCGUGGCACAACUCGCUGCCCGGCUGGUACAAGAACCAGUCGCCCCAGGCCAAGCGGAGCAUGCUGGACCGUUAUAUCGGCCAGGUGGUGGACAGGUACGGCGACCGAUCCUUCUGGUGGGACGUCGUCAACGAAGGUACGCAUCUGAAUGGAUGGAUGAAGAGACGCUGAUACGCACAUCUGCUGUCCCCUCCCCGUGUGUAUGUGGCUUGUUCAGCCUUAUCUGACAACCAGGUUGGUCAGGGCCACAACGUCCGCUGGCGCGACAGCCCGCUGUACCCCGCCAUGAGGGACUGGGUGUCCUACUCGUUCAAGAUGGCCCAAAAGCACAUGAAGCAGAAGAAGCCCGGCACGCCAUACAAGUUCUACUACAACGACUACGGCGUCGCAUCACUUGUAAGAAACAUCACAAACAUGCCCCCCUCCCCCCUCACAUAAUAUCUCGACCACACAAUAAAUCUAUACGUCCCCAUAUCUCCCUCUCCCUCUCCGUGUCAUUAUCUGUGGCUCUGUGGCUCGUCAGGACGGGUGGUCUCGUCCGAAGUCCAACGCCAUGUACACGAUGGUGCGUCAGCUGGUCGACGACCGCAACGUGCACAUCGAUGGGGUGGGCUUCCAGCUGCACGUCAACACCAAAUUCAGCAUGUUCGAGGGCGUGCGGAAGAAUGUGCGGCGUUACGCCAAGCUGGGCCUGGAGGUGCAGUUCACCGAGGUGGACGUCGGGUGCGGUGAGUGGCGGGGGGCCAACUGGCACAACUGCAACAACUGGGGACCCGAUCAGGCGCGGAAACAGGUCAGAGAGCCAGGGACAGGCGGGCAAAGGGAGGAAGGGAGGCAUGACGCACUCGUGAGUUGAUCUGUGCUCUGUGUGUGUGUGUGUGUAUGUGCCAGGCUGAUAUCUACUCAGGGCUUCUGAGAAUCUGUCUUGAAGAGCCCAACUGCACCGGCUACGUGAUGUGGGGCGUCAGCGACAGGGCCACCUGGCUGCGGGGGGCAUACCCACUCAUCUACGACGGCAACUUCCAGCCCAAGCCGGCGUACUGGGCCAUGAGGGACACUCUGCAGAAGUUCGGCAACUGA